AUGCAUGAAAAACUACCUGGAACAGAGGAUUUACUGGCAAAAAGUGAAGCAAGGAAGAAGCUACCAGACAAAAAUCUUGAUUUUCAGGUCUGUAAAUUAUUAGUUCAAUGUUUGGAAAAUAGCCAUUAACCCUCUAACUCCCAUGAGUGAUCAAGACAGAAUUUCUCCUUUUAAGAUCAAUAAAAUAUCAAGCAAGCAAUUGAUGAGAAUAAGGAAAAAUAUUAAUAAGGGGAUUACUAGUUGAUCCAACACCAAAUUCUCAAAACUAUUCACGAGAACUGUAUGGCAGACAGUAAGGAGAAUUACCAGUGAGGUCUUAGGAGUUAAAGGGUUAAUGAGCUAUUAACUUGGGGAUGGUCUAACAUCCCAUCCAAAGGGGGAGUACAUGCAGUAAUACUCCUUGUUGCUUCAUGUUAUGGAAACUAGGAUAAGCUUCCUCUGGAUGGGCCACUUAGCUUUAGUACAGACUUUACCUUCCCUGUCAGUGGUUGUUGUACUUAUUUUGGUUUUGGUUUUUUACAACGUUCAAUCAAAGAGGGUUCAGCUAUUUGUUUGGAACUUCACAUGACUAUCCAUAUGCCUUGCAGUUUUAAAUAAUAAAGGCCUGGUCUGUGUUUUAUUUCAUUAAUGCUAAUUUUUUCACUUUUCAGGUGAGGGUUAGGAUUAUCGAGGGUCGUCAGCUUGCAGGAGCUAACAUCAGCCCUGUGGUCCGUGUGACAAUGGACAAUCAGUCACGGCAGACUAAAGUCAUCAAAUCAACCAACAAGCCAUUUUAUGAUGAGGUUUGAAAAUCAGAAGUAGGAUUGCUAGAAAUAUACUUUAGAUUUCCUGAACCUUUGACACCCUAACAUCAUGUAGUGCGCAUAUUCACCAUAGGGUUCUCCGUACAUUUCCCAUAGUGCUUGCAAAAAGAAUUAAUGUUUAACAGUCAGGAGCUCCUUUAGUUGGUGAUCAUUUCCUUAAUUCUCAUGACUUAAACGUUUGAUUGAGUGGUGAUUCUGUAAGAAGAAAUUAGCUGUAAGUCAUCCUUAGGGGUUGAAAGGGUUAGAAAAGAAAUAUAAUCGUUUUUUUUUUACUCAAUCAGAAGACCUGAUUUCUAGAAGAAUUCUGCUUUAUUUCCUUAAGGCACAUUGAACUAAACUGACUAUAGUUGCCAUGUUGUUAAAUCUCAACAGGUGUUUUUCUUCAAUUUCAAUGUUACACCACACAAACUGUUUGAUGCUCAAGCCCUGUUUGAGGUAUGAUAUGAAAGAAGUUACGCAGAUGGAUAAAGAAUUUACUCAAUUUACCUGCAAUACCACAGUGAGGUUUUUCGUGGCCAAUUUGAACAAGGAAAGAGACAAAUGUUUUAAAUAAGAAAAAAAUAAUCAGCAAGUAAGGGCUGUUGAAAAUGAUUAAGAAAUGAUAAAAUGCUGUACUUUGUUCAUAUUUGAUCAGGAAAAUAGGUUACAUUACUUAAAUAAUUCACUAUUCUUACUUUGCUCAGGAGUGUGCUGAAUAUUGAAUUUUGUUCUCCAGGUUUUUAAUUCCAAGAAAUUAAGAGCAAAUGCAAUGGUGGGGAGUUUUCAGGUGAGAUUUGCCUAGUUAAAUGCAAGUCACGUGACAUCUUCCUCUCAUUAACAUAGUUAUUUACAGUAAAAAAAACAUGGAAAAUACCUAUACUGAUAGUUAUUUGGAAUGUUUAUAUGUUGUACCAUCAUUUAUUUAUGCAAGAAUUUUUUUUCAAAACAUUGUAGGAGGGAGCUAAAGGGUUGUUAAAGUCAUUCAUACAUAAGCACUUUUGUUCACCUCAAUAAAGCAUGAGAAAAAUGUUUAUGUUGUACAAAGCACACAUUUUAUCUAGUUUCAAUACUAGCGCCAAAGCUAUUUGUAAAUCUCAUUAUGUUCCAAAUUAUUGAUGAUGAAGCUGACAUACAUUGUGUUCUGGCAAAAAAUUUAAGGGAAUGUUGAUAUACUUCACAAUUAUUUUCGUGUUUUAUGAUGUUUCAUGAUGUUUCAUGCUACGUCAGAUUUGACUUUUUCAUUUCUCUUGCAGUGUGAUGUUGGAUUCUUCUAUGAUGAACCUUGUAAGAUCACAAAAAUCUACCUUAUUAUGAAACUUGUUCUGUCUUUAAGUUGUGUUUAACAUUUUUUAAAUUUGAGGUACAUGUAACUUUAAUAGAAAGAUUUUGUACCAUAUUCUUGUGCUGGGGUUAUAUACCUCAAAUAUGUUUAGAGUAGUGAUGUUUGGUUUAGAUUCAACUUCAGCUGCUUCAUUUUUUCCAGCUCAUUCUGUACUAAGAAAGUGGAUACUUUUAUCUGACCCAGAGGAUAAAAUGGCAGGAGCGAAAGUAAGAAGCAUUUCUUGUAUUUUGGAUAACUUGUCCUGUAUUUUGAUCUAUAGAGCAGCUGAUACACUCACAUACAUGUUCACAUUCACAGUGGCUAAACUAGUUCUCAUUUUCACAUUUUCCUUCCUCAAUGGUUUGAUAUCUCAGUUUGAUUUUAAACUGAUAAUUCUAAUUAAAAUCAGGACGAGAUGAUAAUUUACAAACUAAGGAGAAAAAAUUGAUCCACGCCGAUACAUAGUGGUUUUUAAUUCAGUGCAUGAGGGUGAUGAAGAAAAUUAACCAUUUCCUCAAAUAGUCUAGUGGGAGAAUUUCAGUGGCAUAUAUUUUAGUGCACUGGACUCUGGGUGCCUCACGAACAUGGCAUGCUCACAACACAUGCAUAUAAUCAAAUUCAACAACUUCCUUCAGUUCAGAUCAUACUUCUAUUAAUUUUCCUUUUACAACCCUUGUAUUGUACUUCAUUCUUUAAAGAUAACUGGUAAGAUACAUAUGCACAUGUAUCUCUAAACCUUUUUUAAACCACUCUUUGCAGGGCUACUUGAAAGUUACAGUUAUGGUUCUUGGACCUGGUGAUGAAGCCCCAGUAAGUGAGAAAUACAAUGGAUUUCUUGAUGUAAUGACUGUCAUGUUAGCAAGAUAGUCUAAGAUUGCGUGGUAUCAAUAAACGAGUGUGGCAUCAAUUCUCUCUUGUAGUCACUUGAUAUUUCCUUGUAAAAAAGUCACAAGAAUUUGAUGUUAAAUCAAGAUAACAACUUCUACAUGUACCUGAUAAGUUUGAGUAAAUCUUGAUACCUGUUUAUUGGCUAAUGUAUGAAUAUUAUAAGGGGAAAUUUCAUGUUAGUCACUUCUUAGAAUUAAAGGAUUGGUAAAGAAUGCGUUUUCCAUGUUUCACUGUGAUUGAUGCUUUCGUUUGCGUAAAGAAAGCAUGGAACACCACUUGACUCUCCAUAAACAAAUAGCUGAGGCCUAAACUGCUUUGAAACAUGAAACUUUUCGCACUUUUUGUUCAUUUAAAUAUGUGUUACUUUCAUCAGUUACAUACACUGAUAAUGAUUCAAACUGUGUUCUAUAAAUGUAUAAUAUCAAAUUGUGCAAGGUUUGUGAAUAAUUAAACUCGGCAUGUACACGUAGUAAAUGUAGAUUAAUUACCAGUGUUGGAGAUAUCUCAGGGUGGUGCAGUGAUACAGUUUGGGUGCCACAGGGUAACUAACAUAUGUCUUUAAUGAAUGCUUGUAUGGUUUGGGCACCCUGGCUUUCUGAGAUUAAAGCUUUGAUCAUCCAUCCAAUCAUGUAACCCUUUAUUUAUUUUUUGAUUCCCAAAGAGUGACUGCCGGCUUCUAAUUUCUUGUUACUGUCUCACUUUUGGAUCAGAUUUAGAGGUCAUAAAAAUAAUAAAAGUAAUAAACAAUUACCAAAUUAGAAAGCUCCUGAUUAAUUGUCAAACAAAAUUUCUUAGUCAGUACCAAAGGAAAUGUAGAGAGAACACUGUGGAGAAUAUGAAUACUAAUGUCAGGAUGCGAAUGUUUGAGAGUGCUAUUUUUUAUGUGAUAUCUUUGUGCAGGUAGUGACGAUAACUGAGGAUCAAGAUGACCUUGAUGAUAUUGAAGAGUGAGUGAUAUUAAGUUUGGUUUGUUCAAUGUUUUUGUUUCUUUUUUUGGAUGUUGAACUCACAUUUGAAAUUUGCAGCAUUUGGUAUGUGGGCUUGAAAUGUUUGCUUAUGUACAAAGAAAGCCUCUUCAUUUAUUGAAUCUAAAUUAGAUUUUUUUUGUGUGUUAGCCAUAAUGAUUGUGUUUCGGUUAUCUUGUUGUCCUAUUUGAUUUAAGUUUUCCAUACAUGUCACGAUCAUUUUAUGUAGAGAAAUUUUAUAUUUAUUUGCACUCUGACUGUGUUUUCUUUCUUUAGUAACUUGAUCCAACCUCCAGGCAUGAUGCUUAGACCUGCAGUUUUCUCCUUGAGAGUGUAUAGAGCUGAGGAUAUUCCACAGAGUAAUACUUUAUUUUUAUUAGCAAUUUAUUAGUAGUUGUAGGGGAUCCAUGUGGCUUCUCCUAGUGCUGGGAGUAAUGCAACCCUAAAAAGAUAAAAAUACACCUUUGUCUAAGUUCUCAGUAUCUCAUUUGGUAGAACAUGGGAAAUUCAAAAUCGGACUUUUCUUUAAACUAACUUUGUGAAUAAUGUUUAGCAUCCUUUUCUAGUUCUGAGCUUUUUACCUCUUGAAGUUCCUAAAAUUCAAUUUUCUUUUGUCUGAAUCAAAUCAGUGUACAUUUUAAAAGCUCAUUAGGCUGUGCAAUGUCUAUAACCGUCUGAGACAUAUGGACAUGCAUACCAUAGAAAAUAAAUUUUCAUGGACUUGUUAUGUAUUUUUUCUUUUUGUUCUGUUACAUUUGUUUCUUUGCAGUGGACUCUGCUGUAUGUGAGACAAUUAAAAAAUCCUUUAUUGGUGGGGAGAUGAAAGAGUUGGUUGACCCUUACAUGAUGUUCUCAUUUGCUGGCAAAGAAGUAUGCCCUUUUUUUCACCUGUUUGAUUAAAUUUUUUAAUUUUCCUGUGCUUUAAAACAAUAUGGUCUCAAAAACUUUGCACCAACAUGAACCAGAAUGUAUACACGUAUAUGUAGCUGCUGACAUAUACUCGUAUAUCUACAGAACAGUACUCUUGUUAUCAGGGAACAUAGAGAUCAAAUGGAAACUCUUGUUGCCAUAACUGAUUUCAAGAAAUAACCUUUAAGAGUAGGCAUAUCUAUGUGAACUGCAAGUUUUACAACAAAUUUACUUCAAAAUACAAUCAUAGUUCUUCUGGUGGACACAGAUGCCUGGAAGUUGCCAGAUCUAGUGAACAAUGCCCGUGCAAUAAUUCCCCUGAAGUUUACUGAACUAGGAUCAAUACAUAUGUGUUAUUGAUCAGGUGUUAAGUCAAAAUAGCAAGACUUUUGCCAAGCUCCUUUUCUAUGUUUUAUGAACCAAGUUGAAUGUUAAGUUUAUAAAAAUUGAAAAAAAAAGAACGUAACUUUCAGCCAUUUUGAAGGAAUAGGCUUGGCUAUAAGUAAAAGAUUUUCAUGUAACAAAAAUAUUUUGCUUCUGUGAGAAUUGAGAAUGACUGGUUAAUUUUUGUGCAGUGGGAAAGAAAGCCAACCGGGGGGUACAUGUUCGUUUUUUAUUUAAAAAAUUGGGAAAUAUCAAUAAGCUUACAAUCUCAGUUAAAUAAAAUUAGAGAGCUGCACAAAGUUAAAUUCUUUUUUCUUGCUUGGAAUUAAAGCUGGCAAUCCCACUUGGGUAGCAAUUUAGAACAAAGGAUAGGCUUCAUCUUACACACAGGAUCUUUAAGGUCCCAAUAAUAAGAUUUCUCCUUUUUUAGGCAAGAACAGAUGUACACAAAAACUGUGAUCACCCUGAAUUCAAACAAGAGCUACAUGUUCCAUUUCAGGUACAAGUUAUUUUUGCUUUGGUUGCUACAUUAGAAUUGAAAUCUUGUUUGUGUCUUUAACACUUUCUCUCUCAGGAGCAACCAGAAUGAAAUCUCUCUUUACAAUAAAGGGCCCAAUUGUUUUAAAGGUCAAUCUUGCAAAUAACAUUUUCAAAUUAGUGUUAACGCCAAGUGUGCUGUCUAAGCAGGUUGCCCUACUACUGAGCCACAGAGGAAAUAUUGGUGAGCUUGGCCAGGAACAUGUCUAUUCAGUGCUGUUUAGAGUAUAAUAAAGGACGUGGAAAAAUUAUGCGCUUCUGAUUGGCUGAAAAUGAGUGCAUUCUCAUGUAACAUGAGUGCAAAUUACAAAUAGUGUGCACAUGCUUUCAAAAUUUACAUCUGUCUUGCCUUCCAGUCGUGUUUUACUCAUGUAUACUUGUAACAAGUAAUAACAAGAUUUCUCUUGCAAUUUGGUGUAAUAUGCACUUGUAAUUUUUUCAAAGAUUACAAAUUGCACCUAUCCUACAGGCUUGUGCAAUUUUGUUGUCUUUGAAAAAUUUACUCGUGCCUAUUUACGCCACAUUGCACUCAAAAUAAUGUUAUUACCUACACGUAUGUAAGACAAUUGUCAUGUUUUAAUUGAACCUGGUAAUGAUCUUGCACACCAAUUGUUCUCUAUGGCUAAUUGGUAGAGAAUCAGACUGUGAAAUCUCAGGUCCUAAUCUUUGGGUGUGGGAAUGGGAUCGGGACUGAGUUUUUUUUCCUGCCCUUGUGAUAAAUAAAUAAUUUUUUUCAUUUGCUGACCAAGCUUUUAAAAGAUUUACAACAUUUCUUGAUUAAUCUGGUGUCAUGGAGUCAAAAAGUGACCAUGCGUAUAGUGUUGCCUUUUUUAAUAUACACUUUACACAAUACUAAUGGACAUUUACUUUGCGUGUUAAGAUAAAUUCAAUGGUUAUAGUUAGUUCAGGAGAAGUCAUGUACAGUCACAUGUACGUAUGCGCCAACAAUAUAUUUAUGCCAGACAGAUGAAAUGAAGUACGUAAAAUUUCUUUUCCAGUUCCCUACAAUGGCAGAAAAAUUAAAGUUGCAGUUAUGGGACUGGUAUGUAAUUUUUAAAAUAAUAUUUAUUGUUUAAUUUAUUUUAUUAUACUUCUUUUAGUUAAUUUUGAAGUUGAACAAGUUAAGUCUAAUACAAAUUUUGAUUGGUACAUGUCAACAAUAUAACAGAUAAUCAACAAAUUUAUGCCUAGAAAAGUAUAUUUUGUUGUAUACAUGCUAUUGAAAAAAUUUUUCUAGAGUUGCAAAUAUUUUUCCCCGUUAGAAAUUUUUAGAAUUCCUUGCUGAUGGAUGUCACCUCCUUUAGAGAGGGUAUCUGGAUGACUGGAGAAUAUAUCAUUUUGAUGAUCAGUGUUGAGCUAAAAUUGUACACUGCCAAAUAUUGAAACACUUGUGACGCUAAAUUUGAAUUUUUAGUUAGAUGGUGUUAUAGGGAAUAAGCUCUCUUCAGCUUAGUAGUAAAGUGCUACAAAAUCUGCUCCUCUGAGGUUCCAGUCCUCAUGAAGCACUCAGAUGUUUUUUCUUUUUCAGGUGCCCUCAACAUAAGAACCAUUUUUGAACAUAAUACUUAUGUUAUGCAAAACUGUUGUUUUCUAGGGACAAAAUAAGUGGCGAUGACUGCAUUGGAACGUAUUACCUUCCCAUGUCUGAAAUAUCUGGACAAGGAGAGGAAGGUUGGUACAUGUAUAAAAAAGACUUAAUAUACUGUUUAUUAGUCCUGGAAGUGCAGUGUCCGAGACAAACCUCUUUGGAGGAACAUCAUCUUGAAAUAAUAAGCAAAAAUAAUUAUAAGAAAUAAAAUAAGCCAAAGUAGGGUUUAAAAGAGAUCCAUGGUGUAUGCCGUAUGCUCCCCAACAAAAGCCAAGACGGCCUAAUCUAUUCCCUGAUCUGCGCAGACAAAACAGUCGGUGUUAAGAGGUCUGAUAGGCAGCAGUAGAUCAACAGUAACUAGCUGAUAUUGUAACAUUGUGAAAUUUGGUCAUGACCUGCACAUGCUUUUUCAGUUUUUCUGAAGUUAUUUAGCAAUGAAGAUGAGAACAACAACGUGCUUCAACAAGAGCAACAAGUGAAAGGAUCUUUCUUGUUGUUUUAAAUAUUUGUUCUCUGGAAGUAUCAUUUCUGUUUGCGCCUUCCUCAUUCAUCAACAGUCUACUGCCAUGAUUUGAACGACUCUGUUCUCUUGUACUUCUAGGUUACCUGCCAAGAUUUGGACCCUGCUUCAUAAACUUCUAUGGUUCCACAAGAGAAUACUCAGAUCUUCCUGAUGAAUUUCAAGAUUUAAAUCUUGGCGUUGUAAGUCCUCAUGAAUACAUACGUUUGAUAGUUUACACCCUUACAGUCCAUCAAUUAUUUAAGCUUGCUCGCGAGCUAUUGAUCUCAAUCUAUCACUUGACCCGUAAACCUUAUGUCCAGUGCGAUGAAAGUCGUCGUUUAAGAUUCAAUUCAAGAUGAGAGAGUCUUCAGCUGUUAUUUCAGAAGAAGGGACAUGUUUGUUUGUUCAUUAAGUCGUACCAGAGAAAACUGAAAAGUAAACAAACCAAGCAUCAAGUGGGAAGCAAUUUGUUACCAUUUUGUCGUACGCGUUGCAAAAAAGUUUUGAUAGAUGAUAAACAUCGUAGUGUUCACUUGGCGCGAAAAUAUACUCGUACAUUAGGGACAUCAUGUGUUCAUCGAAGCUCACAGUUUUCGUUGAGCUUUAAUCGCGGAAAAUUGUUAGAUAUACCUUUAUUGUAAUUGGCUGACGUGUUUACUUGAGUCUCAAUCUACUUUCAGGGUCAGGGUGUAGCAUACCGUGGCCGAGCUUUAGUUGAGCUGGAGACAAAGUUGGACACUCAACAUACCAAGAUGGUCGAAGAAGUACUAAAUGAUGACAUUAUACGAGUUCAGGUAUGCGUAGCUCCUGCUUGAAAAAAAAGAAACGAUUUAUUAGUUUGUAUAACGUGACAUGUUCGUAGACAUCCCUUUCUUGCCAUCAACGGACAUUUCUCAAAAUCAACGCGACUGAUGUUAGAGAAAGAGGUGUGACGUAAGCACCGAACAGUUUUGCACAUUUGGAUCGCGCAGUUUUCAAAUGAGUGUUGAAAGUAAUCGGGCACUGCAUUGUUUUUGCUUUACUUCACUCUGUGAUUGGUCCAGAAAACUUGCAUCAUUCUCUUAGGCAAUCACAUGAUAAACUAAAACAAAUCACGACUUGGUCGCCCGCGUUUUCCCGCGCUUUAGGCAGUUUGGUCGGUUUGAGAUCUCAUUGGCUUUAAAGGUAUUUUCCUUUUUUCUGAUUGACCGUUGUGAUUAAUUUGGAUUUGGUUUUACGACAGUCGAUUGAAAAGCUCUCUAACAUUCUGCACAGACUAUGUGACUUAGACCCUAGUGUUACCAAACCCAAUAGGGUGUUAGCUCAAGUCACAUACCUUUGCCCGUCUUGAAAGUGGCCUGACUUCUGGGAAAUAUUUUUUAAAAACCAGAGCAUGUUUAAGUUCAGUUAUUUUCCCUUCCAGACUUAUCUACGUCGGCGUAAAUACAAGCUGUUUGCCUGCUUCCUGGAAGCCACACUAGUCGCUUGUACUGAUGGACCUGUUACUUUUGAAAUAAGCAUAGGUAUGAAUGGAUACGUGAUUAGCAAAUGUUGACUUGUUAUGUGUUCUAUUACUGAACAGACCCACGACAACAUGGCAUUUGUUUUUUUUAAAUGAUAGAAAAACAAAAUGCUGUUAACGGUGGCGUCGUCUAUAGGACUGUCCUUUAAUAGAUCAUUAACAAGAACCAAUCAAAACGAAGGAGUCACCUUAUCAUAUAAAAAAAAAUUGCUCACGGUUGUCGCAAUACGCACACUUUUUUGUAAAAGUACUGAUUGGAAAGUUCCCUUGACUCAAUUUCGAGAAGUAUUGCAAAGUGAUAAACUUCUUGUUCUUCGCUUGCUUCUGUUGCUACAUUGUUGUUUAGUUUCUGUUUUGGUUUCUGAUAUGCAAAUGUUGAUUUUGUUACAUGAUGGUAGUCCAUUGAAAGCAUUCCUUGAAAUAAAGUUGUUAAAAAUUUUGGAUCCCCUUCCCUGCCCCCCCCCUAAAAAGACAAGUGCACAUCACAUCCCUGCCUUCUCAUGGCAGUUACUUCCUUAUUUUUCUGUUCUCGAGAUGGCCAUUGUAGUUUCUGGUAUGCGUUUUUUUCUCAGGUAACUAUGGAAACCAGCUGGACUUGUCAGUGCCGCCCUCGUCGUCUUCUACGUCACCAACAAACGCUAUAUUUGAUGGAAGCUACUAUUACUUCCUGCCAUGGAAUGAUAUUAAACCGUGUUGUAAUGUAGAUAGCCACUGGGAAGAUAUCGCCUUCAGACUGGAGCCACGAAAUAUUCUGACACGGAUAUGUGAACAACUUGUGAGUUUUAACAUUUCGCUAAACAGAUGUGCCAAACGUUCCAUUUAUUUACGGAGGAUUGAUGUGUGUAUUGUGAUUUUCCAAUUAGGAGUCAGACUUGGAAAAAGUUCAGCUGGCUGUUUCUGAGAAAGCAACUCUAACAACCAUUGCUGUUCUUACAAUUAAAAUGCUGGAUACAUUGAUAGAGAGCUGCAGGUAAGGAAGCUGGAAGAAAGGGUCAUCACACAAUCCGUCUUAGGAACGUUGAUCAUGUUGAGGCGGUUUUGUAUCUAUCAGCAAGUCUUAUGAUUUUUAAUCCCUGUUUUGAACUCCCGUGAUCUGAUUCUUAAUUCUCCCAUCUAACUGCCCUACAUUUCUUUGAGAGGCAAAAAGAAGAAUCUGUACCCGCUAGUUAAUAAGUUUGUUUCCUUAUGAUCUCUUGUUUGUUGGAUAAUGUCUUGAUUUUGCACGAGAAGUUAUAGGUUGAUCAAGUAAGGAGAAGUGAACAGAACACAUUCAAAAGAUGAGAUAUCUUAGAUCAACACUCAAAUAAAUACGGCUUCAUUAAAGUAAUCUCCUAUGAUUCGCAGAAAACCGCUUCCGCAGUUGGCAGCCAAAACACCCGGAAUCAACGAUCUUGAUCUGAAGAGAAGAGACACACGAGAAAGUGAAUUGGUCAGUGUGAAAAUGUCAAAUUCACAUCGAUGCUAAUUAUAUAUCUUUGAUUCAGAGCCACUUUCAAUUGAUUGUCGAAAGUAAUCCGAGAUGUUAUUGGUUUUGCUUUUCUUUGCUCUGUGAUUGUUCCAAAAAAACUCGCGCCACUCUCUCAUCAAAUCCGAUGCACAACUAAAAUCAAUCACGACUUGGUCACCUGCCUUUCCCCGCUCUUUGGUUGGUUUCUACUUUGAGUUCACAUUGGUUCCUAAUAAUAUUUUCUUUUUUUCUUAUUAGUAGAUUUGACAACUUUGGUUUUGGUUUUAGCGGUACUUAAUCGAAAAGCGUUCUAAGAUGUGAGAUUUUGUAAAGCCAUUCCUUUUGGUUGCGUUGAUUGUUUCAUUUACUCUCACGCAUAUGUCUCCUUGACACUCUGUCGGUGUCGCAAUUGAGAAAACUAAACUGAACGUCGCGAUAUUUUGAGUCGCUCCUCCGCGAAGUAGAAAAUUUACUUAAAUUACAGGAAAACUGUGAAAUAAUAUUUUGCCUAAGGGGUACGUUCCCUCGCUCCUCGAGUGAGGGGAGGUGAGCCCAAACGAGAAAGGGAUAAGGGUGGUUAGUGGUAGCGAAGAUAACACAGUAAAUGUGGUAAAUGACGAUUUGGAAAGUGAAAAGCAAAAUUCUUUACUUUUAAUUUACAAAUUAUUGUUUCUACGUUUCUUUUGAUCAGAAAUGUAUCAUCGAAGAGGCCUCAAAACUUCGUACAAGUGCGACUGACGUAGAUGAAACGAUUGGAGUCGUGGAGGAUUUUUUAAAGAAGCUUCAUUUCCUUGCAGUAGAGGUACGAAACAUGCUUGAACACAAUACAGUAAAUUCCUUUCGUUCCCAACUCUACAAAAAACAACUUUCAAUUGACUGUGGAAAACAAUUUCGAGUUGUAUUGCCUUUUCGCUGCUUUGGCUGUUUUCUCUUUGAUUGGACUACAAAACUCGCACCUCCCUCUCGGCUAAUCAGAUGCAAAACUAAAACGGAGACUUGGUCGCUCGGUGUAAAUUUGGGUUUGGUUUUCCUGGCUAACUUCAUCGCAAUGCUCCAUGGGAAUGCUUUUUAUCAUACCCACUUCCUUUACCUCAAAGUGGAGGUCGCAUCCUUGAUUAGGUGGAUCUUGAGGCCCGGGACUCGGUCAGUAAGGUAACUUCAAUGAGUUUUAAGCUAUUGCAAGCUCCUUAUUCUCAAGUCGAACAUCUUUUAGAGGGUAAAGUGGGACGUUAGGGCAAUUGUUGGAAUAAUGAUAUACUUGAGGCGUUUAGGACCUCUUACCGCCGUCUGUUUACCCUGCGCGCACGCUCGUGUUUGGGUUUCGCUUAACGGCCCCUUUUCCGGCCACAGUCGCCUAUUACACCAUCGGCAGCCGCCUAUGAAAACUUUUCUAUUUUAAACCUCUACAGACAUGUUUUUUUAGUCGUGUUUGAAUGUCUCUAAAGCCGCAGAAUAGUAUGCCAGAUGUGGUGAUUUGGAUGAUGAGUGGAGAGAAGAGAAUAGCUUAUCAUCGUAUCCCUGCCUAUGAUCUUCUGUACUCAACACAUGCAGGGGCUCGUGGAAAAUACUGCGGAAAGACACUGGAUUUAUUUAUGCAGGUAAUUUUUCGAACAAAAGUUGCCUUGCGAGCGGUUUUUAAUGUUCAGAUAUCAUCGAAGGAAAGAAAUGAAUCUUUUCUCUAACCUCACAGUACCCCGGAAAGAAACAGUUUAACCUAGAGGACUACCCAGAAGUUCCCGCUCAAGUCCGCGCCAUGCUUUGGCUUGGACUUGAGAAAGACCAAGAGGCCUGGACUAACCGCCAGGAGACUGAGGGCGACUUUUGCGUAUUCGCGGAAACGGUAAAAUUAAGUUAAAAGUGAUUUUUCAAUGAUUAGCUUGUAAAGAUACACUGGGUGUAACUUUCAUUAUAAUGACGAACCAAUGCACAUCGGAAGUGACUACAAAUUUGAAAGAGUACUUCAUUUCAAGGGAAUUCUCCUCAAUGAAAAACGGAAUCUAUUUUUUACUAUAUUAUUGGUGUAAAAAUCUUUUGUUUCCUUCUCAGCCAAACAGAUUAAGGACUAAAGGCAAUUGUGACUUAUUAACUCGCGUUUAUGCGCUUGAGUUCUUAUCAGAAUGGUUUUAAAUCAGUAAUACCACUUCUAACUCUGAUCUCAUCGAGUCAUUCUUUUCCUCUCAUUAUGAGAACUUAGAGUUUGAUUUACGGCGCUCAAACUAAUUGCGAUCUGACAUCCAACCCGAUUUCAUAGGCAGAUCGCUGGGCAGUCUUUACACAAGGAAGGAAUAAAACAAUUCAAUCUAUGAAAAGAAUGCCAGGCGAAAAGCGUAAUCCUUUUGCAAACGGCUUGGUUACUUUUUAAUAGGCCACUAGUGACUAACGGUUCUAUAGCGUAUUUCCUCACGAGAAAUCAACUGAUGGCCAGAGAAUCUGCGUUCAAAUGAAAAGCUAUGUACGUUGCGCUUUUGUCCUCAGUACGAGAACCAAAUGAGUGUGCUUGGUAACUGGACUGCUAAAGGACUCCCACGGCCUGCCUGGUCAAAUGCUGGUGGAACGGUGAGUUAACGUAUUCUCGAGAAAGUGACAGAGUUAUUAUUCCAGGAAAUUGAUUGAGUCCUCAGCUUCCACUGAUUUGUUGCUGCAUAUCGUGAAAAUUACAACCUCUACUCUCUCCCCAUUUAGCAAUGGAUUUUGAAAGUUAAAACUGCUUUUUCGAGCUCUGAGAGAACUUAACAGAGUAAAAACCUCGCUGGAUUUCUAAAGGUCUUAGCUUGAGAAUGCCACUUAUGUACAGUGCAUACUAACACAUACUAAAUAUGCCUCCAUGAAUUUGCUAAAGGGCAUUGGAUUGCGCAAUUAUAGGUCCAGCCUAAAAUAGUUCUGACCAAGGCUAAAAUGUUUUUCUUUUUGCGUGGGAAGUACAAUUUACUCCAUAUGUGUUGGCCUCCACUCAGGAGUAUAUUUAGAUAACUCCUCUUCUCAGGAUAAAGCGAAGUACGAAUUUUAGGCUAAUGACAAUAAUUAUUGAAUUAUUAUGCAGCUGAAGCUGUUAAAGGACUCGUUUAUUCGUCCUGAUGGCUGGAGUUUUGAUGGAAAGUGGUUUGUUAAUCCAGAGCUAAGGUGGGUUAUUAGAGUUAUAAAUAACUUAUUCUACCGUGUAACAUAAUAAGCUACGCUAGAUUGUAGUUUGAUUGGUUCUUACUAAUGACACGAGCGUAGCCAGCCUAUAGCCCCGCAGCGCUGGGCUUACAAUUUUUUUCCUCACGCUUGACUCGAAUAAUGUGACUCUUACAAAGGUUGAAACAAAAAUUGAACUUUCUUUACGACAUACUUUCGAGUUAUUAGAUAACAAAGAAGCAUCAAGAAUUAAUCUCGUCACGUCAAAGUACUAGGUUAGCACACUUCCAGAUCUCUAAAAAUGCCUGCAACAAAUCAAAAAGGUGGAUACGCCCUUGUAUGAUCUAGUGGAAGACAGACUACAUUUUGACGUCACCUGUGAUCUAUUGCUGAACGGAUGCAUGGCAACGUGGAAUCUGAAAACAAAUCGUGGCACUCGAGGCAUAGCACAGUGAAUCACUAAUAUUCUUACCAAAUUCUGAUUUCCCUGUAACCAAUGAACAGACGAAUGGCAAUUAGAAAUUCUCCUGACAAUAUCACCACUGAAUCAUACAUCAAUAUCAUGAGAAUAAAGGAAAUGAUCCCCAACUAAAGAAACUCUUGAUUGUUAGAGAAAUUCUCCCUGUCAGCACCUUUGUUAAUGUACAGAGAACAGUAUGGAGAAUAUGAAUACUGAAGUUAGGUUGUAAAGGGUUAAAUGUGUGUCAGCCAAUCAUCUAAUAUUCAAUAGGUACACGGCGAGAGGGAAUCUAUUGGUUACGUAGAAAUAGACAGUAAUUUAGUUAUUUUCAGUGUUAGUGGGUUGCAUGGAACUUGCAAUGGUCAUAGCACCUUUGCGUUAGCUAGGACUCUGCGUUUAUCCUCCUUGUGCAAAACUAACUCGUGGAUCUCUGGCGGAGUAGCCUGUCUCAGGCUCUCUGUUGGAGGAAAUGAGCUCCAAAACGGCUGCGGUCACUCGUAUUCCUAAAAACCACGAGCACUCUUUGUCACUCGCCUACUCCUUUUCCAUUUACACUGAUUUAGGGCCUGGAACAUGCUAUGGCUGAGGUCAUAAUAAUGCACUGGAAAUUUCUGAAGUACUGCUCACCAGUUUGGUCUAUCAGUUAGGCAACCUCCAGAAAGUAGAAGGAUUUGCUGUUUAUCAAAUACCAUUUUUCCUAUAAAUUUGAACUGUGAAAUGAUCUUUUAGCUUAGCGUAUGAAAAGGAUUCAGGCUGUAAAAGUUUUAUGGAGGACGUGUUUGAAAACGAAGAACGUUUUCCUGGGGGACACUGGUCGCCAGCGUCAGUAAAUUGGACAGACAUUGUGAGUACCUCGUAGCAAUACCAAUACUAAGCUUUACGCGCUAUAUGCCAACCGAUAGAGUGUCAUGUUGUCCACUGAGCAUGGAAACAAUGGAGCUUUUACGCGUGUUUACUGGUAUUACUUAAUACGGAUUCUUAUAGAAUGUGCGAUCAUGUAGUAUUGUCCUUUCGCUCGCGUGUGUCUCGGUGUAACUUUUUUACAUGCAAAGAGCGUAGAUUACGUAAAGGGAGAACCUCGGUGAACAUUCCCCACAUUCAGUUUUGGAAGCAAGGUGUUUGUUGUCUUUAAAGUAAAGUAAAAGUAUAAUAGGGUAGGUGCCGUUAAGGGAACAGCAAGGAAAUCACCACGGCAACUGAGCUAGGCGACUGUAAGCACUACACCAACCAACUGGUGUGUGGAAUGAGCACUUACCCUCAAAAUGGAAGGGAAGGACCCUCAAAAUGGAAGGGAAGGAGGGAAACGAAGCGAGAAAAAUGCCAAAACAAAUUGAGCGGAAAAACAGCGCUAUUCCCUGAAAAACCUCACUCAAGCCCCCCACAACAAACUGAUGGAGCCGCGGCGAUGAAUCGGUUUCAACCUUGCCUAAAUUACACCUCGCGUAGUUAAAACAGUUAAACUUUCGGACACAAUUCAUAGUUAACGGAAAUGCACGUGAUUUAUUCCAUUUUAGCACGAAAAUGCUGCCACUGCUAAGGACUCAAUAGUUGCCCCUGAAGGCUGGGAGUGGACUUCAGAAUGGAACGUGGACACCAACAGGGCGGUGGAUGAGGACGGUAACAAGAUAAUUGAUAAACAAAAAUGUGAUUUGUUUUGUCACUUUCGUGGGAAGGCCAAGCUUUCUGAUUUUGCACGCCGUGGUCCUAUUACCAUCGAGUUCUCUGUGGCUCAUUGGUGAAGCAUCAGAGCGAGGGUCUGGGUUUCAAUUCAAAAUGUUUUCUCUGUCCCACAACCGAACUCAAAGUGAAGGGCAAGAAAAUAAAAGAAGUGAUCACCAACAAGAGAAUCUUUGUCGCAGCGCCUUAGGAGACGUUUAUAUUACAGUGAGAAGAGUAUGCCUACUCAUGUUAGGGUGUUAAGGGUCAAUCGGUCUUAGUGAACUUUUGUCUCACCUGAGUGAAGUCGAAACUUUUCAAAAGAAUGCCUUCGAAAGCUGACAGCUGUGCUGUUAUGAACGUCAUGAUAAGACUGUUUUGUUGUUUGCUUUCAGGCUGGGAGUACACUGUAGACAUAAGUACAGGAAGUUAUGUGGCAGUGGAGAAAACGUAUCAUAUGUCAAGGAGAAGGAGAUGGGUUCGCAGCAGAAGCUUGGUGAAAUCUACCCACAAAGAGGAAAAGGUACAAAAGUGCUUGUAAAAAACACUUGGAGGAUUAUUUCUGGGAAAUAAUGUAAUGAUUCACUUUAGCGUUUAGAGGCGCCUUCUGUCCCUCACUCGGGGUGAGCGAGAAGAGCCUAUGGGAGGUUAGUUUGGGUGAUAAUUUAUCUCUUCGCAUCAUUUCGAAUUAAGCCAGCCCUUUGCUACAGACUUUGAAAGAGUACGAUUUCAUCACUGCAGAUUAAAAAAAAAUAAGAAAACAAAACUGAAAGUUCUGAAAUAUUAAAAGAAGACACCCUUUCGCAAGGUUAAUUUAAGAGAGUACUUUAAGGCAAGGAGCCACAUGGCCUUGUAAGAUCGGUUAAAAAAUUUGGGAAGAGCCUGCAUUUGGGUGUCUAUUGGAAAGUGGGUGAUUAUUGUGUAAAAAGCCAUGAUGUGUGAGGGUGCGCCCGGUGUAGAUACCAUGCUUCUGAAACAGGAGAAAUUCUGUUUUGUUAUCAAUGUCCAUAUAAUAAAAGUGCAUUAUCUGCGUUUUGUAGGGCCAGGAAAAGGUAGACACAGAGGGGUGGGAAUAUGCUGCAGUGUUUUCAUCAAAGUUUCACAGCAAAUGCCGCACUCGAGAUUUGGUUCGGCGUCGAAGAUGGCAUCGAAAAAUGGUUCAAACAGAUCCGACAGCGCCAGCUGUGUUUCAAAUUUCUGACGAGGUUUGUAAAUCGGAGAGCGCUUUCACGGUUUAGAAAGCACGGAGUCUAUGUUGUUGUUAGCAUGAAUGCCGGAUCGAGAGGUCCAAGGUCGAACUCUGGCGGGUCCUUUGUGUUGUAGUGCUCUGGAGUAGGAAUGGAUACUAACAAACUUUUGGCGAAAAUCUGACAAAAUGCUGGGGAAGAGGGGUAGGGGUAGGGGUAAGGUUAACUUUCGGCGUAUUAGCGUUUUAUCAAGGGAUGGUAGGAAUACGCUUACUCACUCAAUGCUAUAGAGAACGGGGUAUGCGUUGGCGGUAUGAUCUAGUGAGAAAGUGUGGUCAAUUGUCCUUACCAUGGUCCAGUCGUGGGCGAAGUUCUGCAGUUGUUCUUUACAAAAAAAGUUCUACCUGCAAAAGCCCUUAUGGAAGUUAAACAAAAAAAAAAAAGACACGAACUCUGCCUUACGGAAAAAAAAAGCAAAGAUUCUCUUUUUCUUUAAAACUGAACCUGAGAAUAAAUUUAAAGUGAUCAGAGGUAACUAAAAAAUGUCCAAUCUCGGACAAAUAAUUUUUCUCGUGCUAAUCAUAGCUUUUGACUGGACCAGACAGUUAUGAAGUUACUCUAACAAAAUAGUAAAUCUGUUUAACAGGGUAGAAAGGGAAUAAUGAUGGUGCCCCGGAUGUUCAUCACAUUUGAAAGUACGUAAGAUAGCUUAAGGAACACUUAUUUAACUUCAAAACUAAAAUGAAUUUUAGGAAAAAUAAAAUUGUUCUUUACACGUAACCGUCCUUCAUAAAACACGAAAUAACCAGCUGGUAGAAAAGCAAACCUUUAGCAAUUCGUGUCCUUGUUAAUAAUUAAGAAGGAUGCAUUUGCCUUGCAACGUUGAGGUUUAAGCUAUAAAUUACACGACAGUUUGUAUUUUACUUCAGCUACUCGACAUGUUAGUUUUUAAUCGAUAUUGAUAGAAUGACCAUUACUAAAUUUAACCUUUAUAGUCACCGGGAAUUUGUAAAAUUUCAAGGGAACAUUUUAGCCACAAAAAUUAAUAAUUUGGUCUCGUUCCAAGGACUUACAUAAUAAUACAGUUUGUAAUUGCUCCCCCGCCUUACAAAACGGUUUAUCUCCCAUAACUUUGCCUUUUCAGUGACAUAGACUCAAGUAUGCAUUCAUGGUUAUUUUACAGAACCUCACAAGUAUCAGCUGAGAGUGUACCUAUUUCAAGGGCGGGACCUCCUGCCUGCAGACCCUGAUGGACUGUCUGGUGAGUGUAAUGUGGCAAGGAUGAUUCAGUGGCAAAAUGCCUGGAUGUUAAUUAUAUCUCGUUCUUCAUUUAGUCGCUAGCCUAAGUCGUUUGAUAUGAUACAUUGUUUGCUGAGCCACAAGAAAUAAAAUGUGACCAGCUCUGGAAAACACAAGAAAAUAUUGCGAAUGUUUAGACCUUGACUGCGAAAGUCAGUGUAUUCUGAAAUUCCAGUGUAACAGUACUGAACAAUUGUAUGAAAAUCUGUUCCACUUGGUGCCUGGUCACUUCGCCGAAAGGUUAAUUCUCCAACACCAUUAGUCAACUCGCUGACACCGUAGAUCAAUUGGCCGACAUUCGUAUUUGUUCUUUGCCAAAGAAAAAAGAUGAUGAUGUUACCGGGUAACAAAUCCAGGAACAAAAAAUAGUGGGGCGAGUUGAUCAAAGUUGUUGGCGAGUUGACCACUUGUGGCGAGUUGGCAUUUCGGUGAAGUGAUCGGUAACCUUCUAUUCAACCAUCAACUAAUACAACAGCAUCAAUACAGUAAGGUGAAGGUUAAUGCUGUUUUCACUCUGGAUUUUAUUUGUUCUAUUUAGAUCCCUACGUCCGCAUUUCUUUUGGUACUCAGAGUCAGGUAUCACAGAUCAUUCACCGCACACUGUGCCCCACUUGGGACCAGACUCUCAUCUUUGAAAAUGUCCACAUCUACGGCAGUCCUGAAAUCACUGAGGCAUCACCUCCACGUGUCGUCUUGGAACUCUUUGAUCAAGACCCUGUGGUAAGACGACUAUAGUGACAUAAUCGUGCCAUAGCGUGAUGUCUUAACCCUUUAACUCCCAAGAUCUGAUUGUUAAUUCUCCCCUCUGGCUGCUCUACAUCUCUUUGUAAAUUAGUUAAGAGAAUUUGAUGCUAAAAUAAGGUAUCAAAUUUUACCUGCCAAGUCUGAUUAUUCUCAUGACCUGUCUGCUGGAUAAUUCAUGGAUAAUAUAGGGAGAAGUUACACGAUGAUCACUUCUUGACGUUUCAGGGUUAAACGUAACUUUCCGGGGAAAGGAUAUCUCUAUGUAGGUGUUUCCGUGUUGUCAAUAUGAGAAUACUCUUCAAAGAUUAUCCUUCUCCACCCAGUAAGUUGUCUGAACGCGAUUAUAACGCUUAAUCGUGUAGUCUGAUCGUCGGGGUAAGAGUAGUCCUGCGAAGGACUGUUGUCGGUAAUGGUGACUGACGUUUUGACAACCUGAGCGGAUGUCAUCAUCAGGGUCGUGUGAAGAGUUCAUGGCAGGUGAGUGUAAUAAGUCUGGAAUAAGCAAAGCGAUGAGGCGAGAAGGUAGGAGAGGAAGAACCGAAUAAGGACAAGUAGAAGGAAGAGGAAGGCUUUUUACCCAUUAUCAAGAGAAGUGCAAGUCUGCGAAGUCUGACCUUCGUAUAAGAAGUGAAAUUAAGCACCACUUGCGCUCACAAACUUGAACGGUUUUGAUGUUCUUAACAUUCCUUUCAAAUGUGAAGACAUUUUUUUCUUACUAGGGUAGAGAUGAAUUUAUGGGUCGCUGUGUGGAGUCACCUGUUGUUAAAUUAAAUGGCCAGGCACCGCCAGCUCCAAGACUUCUUUGGGAACCAGUGAAAAAAGGCACGGAAGAUGGCGGGGAAAUUUUGGUUGCGUUCGAGCUUUUCCUGGUAAGUGUUGUGGCAUAUAUGGAGAAGAAUUUUUUUUCUUAUCUUAAGUGGCACUUUGCCCUAGCUACUCGAGUUUACCUGUAUCUCUUGGUCCUCAAAACGUCCUUCUCGAACUUGAUCUCUGCCUUUCUAGUCAAGGAAGGGUGCAACUAAGUUAACAAUGCACAUGAAAAAUUACGUGCUUCUGAUUAGCUGAAAACGAGUGCAAAGUUUUAACACGAGUGCAAAUUACGAAUAGUGCGCACACGCUUUCAAAAUUUUGUCCGUCCUGACACUCUGUGAUGUUAUGUCAUGUACAUUAUUAACAAGAAAUAACAUGAUUUCUCUUGCAAAUAGGUGUAAUAAGCUUUUGUAAAUUUUUCAAAGAAUACAAAUUGCACUUGCCCUACAGGCUCGUGCAAUUUUGUUGUCUUUGAAAAAUGUACUCGUGCUUAUUACACCAAAUUGCAGUCGAAAUCAUGUUAGUACCAAUAAUAAUUGAAUGCUACAAACCUUUAUGUGGUUGUUUUAUUUUGUAUUUACUCCACAGGACGAGGGAGCUGACUUACCUUACUUUCCACCCACCAAAGAACACAAACCGUCAUUGUACAUGGUACCCAGUGGAAUCAGACCCGCGGUUCAGCGCACAGCUAUUGAGGUAUGAAAACCAGGGGCCUGUUUCUCGAAAGUCCCGAUAACCUAACAGGCCCGAAGCCAUAUUUUAUAAUUAAAAUGUAAAGAAAAGAGAAGUAGGUUUUGGCACUCUUACCAGUCCAUUUUGUCUCUCUAAGCUGAUAGUUUUAUUGUAAAACUUUUGAAGUCAUCAUCCUGAAUGAAAACAGAUCAGCUUUACGGGCCCAUUAAGAUACCUGAACCUUGGAGAAACGGGCCCUAGUACCACUAAUCUACGUGUGUGUAUGUUAGUAGCAAGCCAGUAAACUUUACCUCUUAUCUCUUACAGUUUGCUUCUUCGGUCGUGGACACGCCCUUUACACCCUUACAUCAGUAACAUCAGUAUACAUAUUCUCCAAACUGUUCUCUAUAUAUUUCCCGUGGCACUGAUAUGGAGAGUUUAGUUUUUUUUUAACAAUCAAGAGUUUCUCUAGUUGGUGAUCAUACUCAGUGUUCUCGUGCCUUAAUGUGUGAUUCGGGGCGAUACUGUAAUGAGAAAGUAAAUGCUAAUCACUUUUAGGGAUUUAAGGAUUAAAUACCGCAAACUACACUCAACUCGAAACUUGCAUAAAAAAAAAACUUACAUCCAAAUUUUUCAAGUUGUGGUUUAUUGUUUACCAUUCUUGUCACCUGUUGGUUUUUUUCUUGUUCCUUUGGUUUUUGUUUACAUCCAUAGUGAUUACAUAGACUUAACGAUGCAGAAAACUAAGCAUAACAUCUUCACAUACUCCUUGAACAAAAGACAAUUCUUUCGAGGAGACAUUGUACAUACUACUUCACAGCACGGGCUCUAUGUUUUGAGUGGCGGAGCCAUUCGAAGGGGGGGGGGGGGGAGUAGUUUACUCCCUCAUUAAGCUUAUUACAAUUUAGUUCCACCUAAAUUUCGCUCUUUUUAUUACAGGUCUUAUGCUGGGGCGUUCGAAACAUGAAGAAGUUUCAACUGGCUAAUGUCUCCUCGCCAAGCAUCGAAUUCGAAUGCGGAGGUCACGUGAUUCAAUCGUCGACUAUUAAGAACACUCAGAAAAAUCCUAACUUUGAUCAACCGCUGUUCUUUUUUGACACGGUAGGGAUUGCUUAGCUUGGUUACUUAGGAUCACCAUCAUUGUUGUAGAGGUGAUUCUUGCUGGGAAUUAGUCACUUGUGGUUGUACUAAUCAACCAGAAUGAUGUGAUAUGCUAUGUAGUCAUUUGGAAUUUCCAUCACUCAAUUGCAUGUAAAAGGGGGUGAGUUUCUAGGGAAAAAGGUCGCCGGAAGUUGGCCUGUGCGCACGUGUUUUGUUUUUUUUGUCGUUUUGAAUUUUUAUUGACUGAGGCAACGUCGAUGUCCUUUACUUGCAAUAAAAGAAUGAGUUUUUAAAUACACGUUACGUCCAAACACAUCCAGGAAUCUAAAAAAAAACAAAAAAACAAAAAAAACCCCGGGUAACAGCCGUCAACCUCCGCUUAUAGGACCUCUCAUCUCCGUCUUUUUAGCCUGAUAGCAGGCUUUCGUGUUUGGGUUUCGCUUCACAGUACAACCGCCUAUUACAACAUCGGUAGCCGGGUCAUAGAAACAGAUAUUGAAACCCUGCGUAUUUCAGAGAUGGUUUCUUCUUCAAUAUUCUUUUCUUCUCCAUCUUAGUACCUUCCUAAAGAGGAACUCUACACUCCACCCAUGAAUAUCAAAGUGCGGGAUAACCGCUCAUUUGGCCGCCGACCCGUUGUCGGUGUUUACUGCAUCAAGUCACUGCAGCCUUACAGGUGUUUGCCUCUGGACGGCAAUGAUUUGGGUGACGAUGAAGGUUGGUGUUGAAGGAGAAAAAUAAUUCAGUCGCGGUAUCUGCCACCUCCGGCAUACCCUACUAUUUUAACGCAUGAUCCCCUGGUGGAGUUUUCGUCUAGUUAGUUUUUUUUUCCUGAGGCGAGACGAACCAGCUUGCUUCUGGUAAAUUUAAUUGUCGUCCAUUCUUUAAAGGACAAAAAGAGAGAGAGAGAGAGAGAGAGAGAGCCAUUUGCAACAAAACAAAUCUCUCAAUCUGUGAAAUCUUUCUGUUCUUCUAGGCCCCUAAAUUUUCUCUCGCUUUAGAUACAGUAUUCUCUCAAUUAAGUGUACUAUGUAAAUUUUACAAAGACUACAAAUUGCACUCACCUUACGGGCUCGUGCAAUGUUGUCGUCUUUGAAAAAUUUGCUCGUGCUUAUUAACACCAAACUGCACGAGAAAUCAUGUUGUUACCUAUAAAAAUUGCAUUGUUUCUGGUUUAAGUUUGAAGUUUGCUGGAAACGUGCUUGUAAUCUGGGUAUGAUUUAACAUAAGGAAACACAUAAAUGGUCCACUUGACAUUUUUCGCAGCCGAUGCAGCCAAAGAUGAAGAGUCUGGUUCUUACUUACUUGACAUCUCUGAAGAGACGGAAAAAUCGGUAAGACGAACGAGAAAAUUUUCCUUGAAGGAAAGGACACUUUGGAUAGAUUGUACGCCGGGGUUUUUCCAGUAGAUUUCAUUAUUUUCGAUGUUUGUCAAAGAUGUCGUCAAACUUUUGUAGCGAUCGAUCAUUGAAAGAUUUUGUUUAUAUGUUCAUAGCACCAUUCGUUUUAGAAAUGUUUGCUUCUCAACAGCUCCAAUUGGAUUGUUUUCAAGGCGUUCUUUUGUGCAAUCCCAAUCCCUCAAACUUCAGUUGUCAACUUGUUAUUUCGUACUAAAAAUUUAUUGGAAUUUUUACUAUGAUGGAUUAUCGGUAUAGAACGUGCAUUACUCAUUUCAUAGCAUAAAAAAGUAAGCGAAAAAAUUUCACGUAAGGCAGGGAUUUCAACUAAAAUCCGUUUAAUGGCGGUCUACCGCCGCCCAUAAGACCUCUCACCGCUGUUUGUUUAGCCUGCGAGCUCGCUCAGGUAUUUGAGUGUCGCCUUACGACACACGCAGCCAUCUAUUUCACCACCGGCAGCCGCUAUUGGAAAAAGUUAUCGAAGCCCGUGUGUAAGAGGUGUUGAUAAAUCAUGGAAUCCUGUUUUUUUUUCUUUUUUUUUUUCGUGGACAGGAAUUGGUUGAGGAGGACAUUGACUGGUGGUCGAAGUAUUACGCCUCACUGAGCGAUUAUGAUAAAUGUGGAGAUUACAUAGAGCGUGGCUACGACAAGAUAAUUGUAUGUACAUAUGAAAUAAUUGUUGCUUUUCCUUGGUAUUUUUCAUCAGUAUCGUACGAAUUAAUAUUGGUACUUCCAAUCUUUAUUCUGCUAUGGAAAUACGUCGUGGCUUUCAUAGAGCGUUCUUUACCUCACAAAGUACGAAAAACGCAAAUUUAAAUUGGUAACCGGAUAGAGCCUUGUUAAAGAGGUUUGAGUUUCAGCGCUUUCCGAGUAAUUGUGUCCUGUUCUUUGUAAGACACAUUACCCUCACUCCGCCCAUCCCUCCCUCAGGAAUAUAAAGCAGAUCAUAGAGAAGCUUAACAGAAUCCUGGGGGCGUGAAUGAAAGUGAUCCUCGCAGUAAUAUGCACUACUUAGGCAGUGGUGGAAAUAAGGCCUGAAAAAAAUUCAGGCCUGUACGGGAUUUGAACCCAUGACCUUUGCGAUACUGGUGCAGCGCUCUACCAACUGAGCUAACAAGCCAACUGGGAGCUGGUCAUGAUGUUGGUUCUAAAUAAACCCGUGAAGUGAUGAAAUAAACGGUUAAAAAUAUAUGAAAGUCAUAUAUUUGAACUGCGGAUAAAGACGUGAAUGAAAGUGAUCCUCGCAGAAAGUGAUCCUCAACCCCCACCAAUCCUGGGGGAUUGGUGGGGGGGAAGGGGGGGGAGGGGGGAGAGGAGGAGGAGGAGGAGGAGGAGGAGGAGGAGGAGGAGGAGGAGGAGUAAUCUGCUAUCGGUUGGCAUCUUACUUAAACCUUUACACACUAACAUCAGUAUGUACACUCUCCAUACCGUUUUCUAUACAAUUCCUGGAGUGCUGACAAGGAGAAUUUGUUCAACAAUUAAGAGGUUCCUCAUGACUUUAAUGUGUGAUUCAGGGGAAAUUAGAAGCUGGUCAUUCGAGGGGGUUGUAGGGUUAAGGGUUAUAAUCAUACUGAAGUUUCCCAACAGCACUCAACUUAAACUUUGCAAAUUAGCAUGAUUAGUGGAAAGAAUAAGAAAUGGUCUGUCCUUUCUGAUGUUGUUGUUUUUUUUCUUCAGGUGUACGAGCAAGAGCUUGAAAAAGUGGACGUUUUUGAAAAGUUCCAAGACAUGGUUAAGACGUUUGAACUUCAUCGUGGAAAAGCCAAACCUGGAGAGGACGCCACUAUAGUUGGCGAAUUUAAGGUACUGAAGUCAAAAUUGAAGGGGGGGGGGGGGUUUAAUUUGAUCGAAAGUCUUCGAGGUCAGGUUUGACAAGAGAUCAGUUUGAUAUCCUUCUACCAUGAAUUGAGCUAAAGAGAUGUCUAUCCGACUAAAUCUGUGUUUCUUGUGGGUUUAGGGAGCAUUUCAUGUUUACCCGUUACCAGGCAACCCAAAUCUCCCGCUGCCGCCUCGUAUCCUGAGAAACUUGCCUCCUAGCGAACCGGUUGAGUGUCUGGUCAGAGUUUAUGUCAUAAAGGUUGGUUCGAAGGCAUAGUGUUGGGAUAAUGAUAUUGUGUUUUGUUGUUAAUUGGAGUAUAAAGCAUAACGGUAAUUUACGGCACAUUUCGCGGGGUGCACUUCAGACAAAUGCAAUAAGAACUGCCAAUAACUGGGACCUCUCUCCUCGUUUUCCAUCAAAGCAAGUUAUAUGAAAUACUUUCAUCUUAAUGUGUGUAGCUAGAUUAGAACAGAUUUUAUGGGCCGUAUAUCCGUUUUGCCGCUAUAAAAUCAAUACAAUGGGGGUAUGGAACAUCCGUCAGGUUUGAAUCACAGCAAGCACCCCUAUGCUCUUGUCGUGAAUUGAUGAUAAUUUUAUUUUUAAUUAGUUUCUUUUCUUGUCAUAAAAAUGGACUCAACCUUGAGUUUGAGACAUUUAAUUACCUUUUUUGCUUUCCUGAUAUUAGGCUAUUGACCUUCAACCCAUGGAUCCUAAUGGCCUGGUGAGUACUGACAAUUUUUUUUUAUGUGCUGUGCAACUUGUAUAGGUAAUCACACGAUAUCUCGUGCAAUUUGGAAUAAAUUAGCACGAGUAAAUUUUUUUAAAGACUAACAAAAUUGCACGAGCCCGUAGGGCAAGUGCAAUUUGUGGUCUUUGAAAAAAUUAACAAGUGCUUAUUUAUUCCAAGUUGCACGAGAAAAAUUACGUGUGAUUACGUGUUAAUAAUAUACAUGGAAAAAUACGAGAUGGCGCAUCAUAAUUAUGCUAAGCAAAGCGCGCGCAUCAAGUGCAAAAAUAAUUUAUUCAAACCGUGCGUUCGUUCAAAACAACCGCGCACGAUCAAAACAAUAAUAUGCAAUGAUAUCUUCACAUCUUUAAGGCGCAAAAAGAGUCCGUCUAAACAGUUCAAGGAAUUGUUCAGUCUGUGUCCGAAUCACUUUUGAUGAAAUGGAAUCGCCGUUUCCGAGGUUUAACCAUGUUUGGAGGGAAGGGCUUUUCAGUUCUUUUUCUCCCUAUGGUAAAAUUUUAGUCCUCAUGGGUGGAAACGAUCCAAUAGAAUUUCUUGUUUUGGUGGACUGUCCGUCUGUGGAACCUAAUCUUUUAUCUUGAGCGAAAGUAUUGCUAAGUUGCCUGAUAUAUCACUUUUGGAGUAACACCUUUUGGAUCACGUCUCUGUGUUUUGUUGUGUUGUAGAUUGUGUAAGAUCUUUAAAAAGCGUUUGUAUUGGCGAUGCUAUUGUGAUUUGAAUUUUGCCUUCCGUUUUCUAACAGGCUGAUCCGUAUCUGGUCGUAUCUCUCGGGAAAACUACGAUCAAGGAUCAAGACAAGUAUAUUCCUAACACGCUGAACCCUGUCUUUGGAAAGUAAGCUUUUCACCUUUACAUCGUUGUGACAAACCGUCUCACGUGAGGUGGCUGGUUGCUGUCUUUUUUACCCUCACAUCCUAACUCAUCUUUGUUUUGCUAUCAUUUCCUUCAUUUCCAUGACCUUAAUGUUUGAAUCAGCAGUAAUACUGUAAGGAGAAAUCACAUGCUAGUCUCUUUAUUUAACAAAGCAAGCCUUUAACGCAACAAAUGAGUAAAGAAGUGACACUGCUAAAGGUACUGUUUCCCCCUUCAUUAAUUAGAAACAAGUCUUUGUCGAGUCUAUGAAAAAUUUGCGUUAUACAAUAGAGCUGCUACACCUCUUCACACCCUGUUGAGUCCACGAAAUUCGCUCUUUACACUGGAGCUGUUACACCCACUUAGACUAUACUUCGUUAUUUUUUUUUUAAGGAUGUUUGAGGUUACGGCCCACAUCCCAAUAUCUAAAGACCUGUGUGUCACAGUGAUGGAUUAUGAUCUGAUUGGUAAAGAUGACAAGAUUGGAGAGACAGUUGUGGAUCUGGAAAAUCGGUUUCUGUCAAAGUUUGGAGCCAUGUGUGGCCUGCCUCAAUCCUACUGCACGUAAGUAUUAGCACUUAAUAAGAAAGUAACAGAAGCAAUUUUCACUUUAGGAUCGAAAAUAUUUUUGUUUGAGUGUUACGUUAGUGAUGAGCGCGCUUUUUGUUUUCUGUUUGAAGGUUAAGUUAGUGAUAAGCGCGCUUUUUAUUUUCUGUUUGAUUAUUACGUUAAUGAUAAGCGCUAUCUCUAUUUUGAGUUUGAAUGUUACUUAAGCGAUAAGCACGCUUUUUUUUCCGUUUGACUGUUACCUUAGUGAUAGGCGCUAUCUCUAUUUUGAGUUUGAAUGUUACUUAAGCGAUAAGCACACUCUUUUUUCCGUUUGACUGUUACGUUAGUGAUAGGCGCUAUCUCUAUUUUGAGUUUGAAUGUUACUUAAGCGAUAAGCACGCUCUUUUUUCCGUUUGACUGUUACGUUAGUGAUAGGCGCUAUCUCUAUUUUGAGUUUGAAUGUUACUUAAGCGAUAAGCACGCUCUUUUUUCCGUUUGACUGUUACGUUAGUGAUAGGCGCUAUCUCUAUUUUGUGUUUGAUUGUUAUGUUAGUAAUAAGCGCGUCCUCUAAUUUUUUGUUUGAAUAUAACUUUAGUGAUAAGCGCGCUCUAUUUUCUGUUUAAUUUUUAGGUUAGUGAUAAUCCCGCUCUCUAUUUUCUGUUUUUUUUUUCGUUAGUGAUAAGUGGGCUCUUUACUUUUGGCUUGAUUGUUACGUUAUUGAUAAGGGCGUCCUCUGUUUUCUGUCUGAAUGUUACUUUAGUGAUAAGCGCGCUCUAUGUCCAUUUGAUUGUUACGUUUGUGAUAAGCGCGCUCUAUUUUAUGUUUGAUUGCUAUGUUAGUGAUAAGCGCACUCCAUUUUCUGUUUGAUUGUUACGUUAGUGAUAAGCGCACUCUAUUUUCUGUUUGAUUGUCACGUUAAUGAUAAGCGCGCUCUAUUUUCUGUUUGAUUGUUACGUUAGUGAUAAGCGCGCUCUAUUUUCUGUUUGAUUGUCACGUUAGUGAUAAGCGCGCUCUAUUUUCUGUUUGAUUGUCACGUUAGUGAUAAGCGCGCUCUAUUUUCUGUUUGAUUGUUACGUUAGUGAUAAGCGCGCUCUAUUUUCUGUUUGAUUGUUACGUUAGUGAUAAGCGCGCUCUAUUUUCUGUUUGAUUGUUACGUUAGUGAUAAGCGCGCUCUAUUUUCUGUUUGAUUGUUACGUUAGUGAUAAGCGCGCUCUAUUUUCUGUUUGAUUGUUACGUUAGUGAUAAGCGCGCUCUAUUUUCUGUUUGAUUGUUACGUUAGUGAUAAGCGCGCUCUAUUUUCUGUUUGAUUGUUACGUUAGUGAUAAGCACACUCUAUUUUCCGUUUGAUUGUUACGUUAGUGAUAAGCGCGCUUUAUUUCGAACUGGGUGUCAUAAAACCAGAAUAAAGUUAUCACAGCAGCUAGUGAGAACUGAGUAAAAUACUGAAAGUUCCUAAUACUGAAGAUUUCAAUGUUAAAACAAACAAUUUGCUUGAGGCGCGGCGAGUGAUGAUUAAGCGAUUGGUUUAAGUUUUAAAUGUGAGUAUUUGAGAUUGUAGUGCGAAUUUACUGAACUAAUCACAGAGCAAAUUAUAGGAAAGCUAGAGCAAUUUUGGAAUACUUUAGACACUUAAUUGAAAAUUUAUCUAAUUCCUGAUCUCAGUUCCGGUAUUAACAAAUGGCGUGACGCCCGCACACCAAGGCAGAUUUUGGACAAGUACUGCGAGACAAACAACUUCCAUAAACCGAAAUUUAUUGGAAACAACAAAGUAAUAUUCCACGGAGAUGCGUACUGGCUGGAAGAUUUUGGUAAGUGCGGGACGUGUAACCCCCUGAGGGUGACAAGCAUCUAAUUUCUUGGUAACUGGGUGUUACCGCCAAAUCAACCAAAAGGUUCAUGAGAAUUGAGGAAAUGAUCGCAGACUUAAAUAACUCUGGAUUUUAACUAAAUUCUCCUUGUCGGUGCCAAAGGAAACUGAUGGAGAAUGGAGUGAAGAAUGUACUGACUGGUGUUAGGGUAUUAAGGGUUAAACAUUGCAUUAUCUUUUCAGCUAUGAAAUAUGUGCUUGGCAACUUUAGGAUAGUUUUUGUAUUAAAAGUCAGAAACUUGUUUAACGAAGGACGCCAAAUGAGGAAAAACUGUCACCUUAAAGAUGGAUUACAAUAGCUUCCUUUUAAAGCACUAAUGAUAUAUCGAUGUUAUCCUCAUGAUAUUUCCCUGGUAAUUAAUUAACAUUUAGAAACUGCUAAUAUUUACUGUAAUUAGAGAGUUAGCUUUUAACGACAGCCUUUUGAUACAACCUUAAUUUCAGUUCCAAACGAGUUCGUAGACGCAUGUGUUGCACGAAAUUGGAUUCAACAUGCCAAUAUUCAUUUUUCUGCCUGUCCUUAACAAAUCGGUGUUGUUGGUUAACACUACUACUACGAGCGAUGUUAUUAUACUGACAAGAGAAGGAUAUUUGUGGUGUGAGGCUUCCAUUUUUUCAUCCUUCCAUUGCACAUGAAUCAAUUUGAUGAUUCCCUUUACUUCUUUGCAGAGAUUGGAAUGACAAUAUCUCCUCACAUGGGUCCCCCUGAUCAACGCCUUGCCUUGCACUUGCUGAACGGUUUACCACUGGUGCCAGAGCACGUGGAAACGCGACCGCUGUACAACACCUUGCAGCCUGGUGUAGAGCAGGUUUGUUACUUGUCACGUUAAUAUGAACUGGUUUGAUUUAAAGCUGAAGUUGUUUAUCUUGAAUUUUGGAUUCCAGGAAACUAUGACGACGAGCAUGAUACAUUACCUGGAAAGUUUACUUUUACUUUUCGAUAGUUUCGUCCUUUCGCUUUUGCUAAAUGACUGAAUUUUUUAAAGCUAGCGCCUUUUCCAAAACAUAUGAGGAAAGCUUUUUUACUCUUUUCGAUUUCCUUGCCUAAACUCGCCCAAUAAAAAACCAUGGAAAUCACCCUUUUCCUACGAAACGUUCUUUAUUUUGCAAGGGCCUCUUUUCACUCGCCGAAGUCACGUUCUUGAGAGACAAAACUAGAAUCUAGAAUCUGAUAAUUUUUUUUCCAUUUAUCAAGCAGAGCUAGAUAAUACACAUGUUUAUGAUAUUUUUCGUAAUUUUACUUCAGGGAAAACUUCAGAUGUGGGUGGACAUUUUCCCUAAAAAUUAUGGACCGCCAGGGUUACCGUUUAACAUCUCACCCCGAGAGCCUGGAGAGUACAUGUUACGUGUCAUCAUAUGGAACACGAGUGACGUCAUUCUUGAGGAAGUGUCUGCUAUGGGUGAAGCGAUGAGCGACAUUUACGUGAAAGGGUAAUCUAGAUGUGUUGACCUUUUGCAACCUAACAUCAGUACGCAUAUUCUCCAUGAUAUUAGGUUUACAUUUUCUAUGGCACUGACAAGGAGAAUUUGUCUAACAAUUAUGAACUUCCUUGUUGUGGCUUGCGCCUGAGUUUGGUUCAUUAGUGCUACUUUGAGAUGAUAUUAGAUGCUGGUCACUGUUAUGGGUUACAGGUUUAACUGGUUUUUUUUUCUGAAAUGUUUAAGGCUUCCUUUAUGUUUCUCAGCCUUCGAUCGAGGGAAGUUUUUAUACACAGAAACAGAACGACGGUCGAAGAGCUCUCCCAUUCUAUCAGGUCCUAUUUUUCAAUUUUUUGAAUUUUCUUUUGUAAAGGAAAUUACCGGCUGAAUUUACUUUUUUUACCGCUAAAUUUCCGCUUGGCCUGAUAUCACAUGAAAUUAUUAACUUAAAUCAAGUUUUUUCGAUUCACAGAUGGAUAUCGGGGAUUGAUAAACAAGAAAAGACAGAUGUUCACUACAGGUUAGUUAUAGACAAAACGAAACAGUUUCACAUAGAGACCUGAUUUCCUUGAGUCCUUAGUUUUGCCUUUAUCUCUUAGAUUAAUUGAUUCAUAUAUUAUCGAAAGUAGUCAGGGAUUUCUUUGGGUUUGCUUUACUUCGCUGUGUAAUUGGUCCAGAAAACUUGCUCCAUUUUCUCGACCACUCAGUUUCCAUACUAAAACCAAUCUUGACUUGGUCACCCGCGUUUUCCCGCGCUUCAGGCUGUGUGGUUGUAUCUCCUUUGGGUUCUCAUUGGCUCCACGGGAUAAUUUGCUUCCAUUUGAUUGGUUGCUCUGAUUACUACGGUUAUUUUCUGGUAAAAUCCGUCGAAAAGUGCCUUCAUGAUUUGACGAUUUUUUCUAGGUCUCUGGACGGUACAGGCAACUUUAACUGGAGAUUCCUGUUCCCGUUCUUGUAUAUUCCGGCCGAAAAAGUCAUGGUUGUAAGAAAAAAGGUAUGAAAUAGCCUGCUUUUGUAGUAUUUCAUAUGUAAUUGUUACUGAACCAAAUACAUUUGAUUGGAUGAAGUAACAGUUUAAAUCAAGAAAGAAGAGUCUGUAUCUUUACCCGCUUUAACUUCCCAGAUCUGACUGUUUAUUCUCCUCUCUAGCUGCUACACAUUUCCUUUUAAAUCAGUUACGAGAAUUUAACGUUAGAUCAAGGUGAAAACUUCGACCCGAUAAUGUUGAGUAUUCUCAUUGCCUGCUUGCGGAUAAUUUAUGGAUAUUAAAGGGAGAAGUAAAUUGUCAAUUACUUCAGAGAGUUAACGGUUAAGCAGAACCACAACGGAAAAUGGGUUUAAUCAUGUACAUGAUGGCGAAAGAAAUAACAUCCAAGCUUAAUUAGACUUAAGCCACAGUCAAAUUAUAACCUGCGAUCAAAUAUAAAACACUUACUGCUCGAUCUGCCCAACAAGACCGAGAAGACAACAGGAGACAGGGCGUUCUUCACAGCCGCGCUGACCCUGUGGAACGCCCAGACGUUUUGAGAGCUUUGGGCAGUCUCAAAACUUUUGUGGCACAGCUUAAAACUCAUUAUUUUCAAUUGGCUUUUACCUUAUGACCUAUGGUAUUUUAACAUAGAUCUUUAUAUGCAUGUAUAUAAUAUUUUUAUUUAGUAUCCAUUUAUUAACUAUUUAGAUAAACUGUGAUUUUUUUUUUCAUUUCAUUGUGAUAUUAUAGGCAUGUUAUAAGCAUUGUAAUUUAAAGCGCAUUAGAUCAUAUACCCAUGUAUUUUGCGCUAUAUAAAUAACAAAGUUAUUAUCAUCAUUAUUAUGUUACCAUUAAAGUUCCAAUUUAAUGGGGGUUAACUCUUUCUAAAUCAAGGUUCCGCAUUUGGGCAGCAUUUGUUAUCACUAUGGCAAAUUUCCAUCUCUGUUUGUUUCGACAGGCACACUUCUGGAGCCUUGAUAUAAGAGAGCAGAGGAUUCCCCCUAAACUGAUUCUUCAGAUCUGGGAUAACGACCUUUUCUCUCCGGACGAUUUCCUCGGUAAGUCUCUUUCCCUCAUUUGUGAACUGCAUAAGUUGUGUUCUUGAACAGUUUAAUGUUAUUUUUAGAUUUUAUUGCCAUUCCAUGGACACCCUAAGUUGAAGAUACAGCUCCGAAAAAAGCAAUCUUACUUAUAAACUGACUUUCCUGAUUUGCCGCGAUCGUAGCACAAACCUGUUAUCGUUUUGUCUUCCAAUACAUUCUUUUAAAAUAAUAAUAGACGUAAGAAGUUGGCUUCAAUCAUGUUACUUCCCCUAAUUGAUAAUUUAUUUAUCCUCAUCACCUGUCUGCUUGCUGAUGAUUUCUGCUUGAAUUUGAACAAAAUGGUUGUUUGUCAAAAAAAAAAAAAAAUUAUUUGCAAUUCGGUGCAUAUAUCCUAUUAGAAGUUUUUGUGUCUAGUAUUGCUGAGUAUUUUACGAGUUGUGCCGUAUUUUGAUUAGAGUGAGUCAAAAUACAAACAACGAGUAAAAAUACUCAGCAAUACUGCACACCAGAACGAGUAUAAGUUAUUUGUUACCUGCUUUAUUUUAUGCGGAUUUCUUAUAAGGCGGGAAAAGUGAGGCAGAUAAAGAAGCGAAACACUCGCAGCUAACCGGUUAAACAGGUUUUUUACAGUACAAGAUAACGAACUGUCCGAUAUCGCCGAAUAUUUGUACUCGACUCGCACGUUCUUUGUACUCUGUUGUUGGAUGAUAGGGUGUCAUAGCUCCUCUGACCUAUUACAUCGCUAGUGUACCACCAUUGAUCAUCUUAAAGUGGUUUACGUGUCUUUUCUUUACUAGGUACGUUAGAAUUGAACUUAAACAAAAUGCCAAAACCUGCCAAAAAUGCCGGCAAGUGCAGCUUAGAUCAGCUUCCAGGAUUGAAAGACAAACCGCGACGAAACAUAGAGACAGUGUCACUGUUUGAUCUGAAGCGAACAAAUGGAUGGUGGCCUGCAGUCGGAACGGCGGAUGGAGAGCAAAUCUUGGCGGUAUGUACUCAAUCUUAAUAAAGUGCUGAAGCAAAGGAAAUUUGUGGCUCUAAUAGACAGGCCAAUACUGGGCGUAAUUAGAUAAUCAAUUACCCUCAAAUGAAGCUUUUAAGUACUACUGUAGCAAAGAAUGUGACAAUUAUUCUGUAUGAACAAAAACAAAAAAGGAUACUUCGUAAAGUGUUAACCUCGAAGAGACACUUCGGCUUUUUGCAUAUAAAGUGUGAUGGAGUUAUAAGAAUGUGACUCACCAUUCUCGAGCUAAGGCACGGCUUCCAUUUAAGCCGAGGUACAAUUAUAAUGUUGUGUAUAUUACUGAAGUAGUGGACUCCUUUUCACUUGCAGGGUAAAAUAGAGAUGACUUUAGAACUGUUGACACAACAAGAAGCUGAGGAGAAGCCCGCUGGAACAGGACGAGAUGAGCCGAACCAAAACCCAACACUGGAUCCACCAAAGUAAGUACAAAAAAAUCAAUGAAUAUUACACAAAUGCUCUCUAAGUGUCAGUUCUAGUGAUGGGUGAAGGAGCGGCUAUGUUUUAAGGUCUUCCAGGAGACUACAGGGCGAGACACACAGAACGAAGGAAAAAGGUCACGUUGUGUUAACUAGCGGCUCCUGUAACCGAGUUUCCCGACAAAUCUGUUUCCACGAUGAUGACCUAAGCAAUAUUUUAAUCUUGACCCUUUACAAUCUAACGUCCAUGUUUGUAUUCUCUUCACUGUUCUCUCUAAACUUUCUUUGUUAAUGGCAAGGAGAAUUUGUUCGACAAUCAGGUACUUCUUCAAUUGCUAUCGUUUCUACUAUUCUCACAACAUGUGCAUUUGAUUCAUUUUAAUACUGUAAGGAGAAGUAAGAAGCCAAUCACUCGUAGGAGUUAAAGGGUCAAAGCGUUGCCAGUAAUAAAUUCCGUUGAUCACUAACUGCUGGUUACUGUUGAUAGGAGAUCCUCCUUUUCUGCCCUUUAACAAUACUCUGUGAGGCCUAGUGAGGUAGCUUGCUAUAACUAACACUGAAAUUUUUUUUGCAGUCGUCCUGCCACUUCCUUUGCCUGGUUCUCGUCUCCAUUCAAAAGCCUGCGUUACAUUUUGUGGCGCCGGUACAAAUGGAAGAUCAUCAAAUUCUUGGUGAUCUGUCUCCUAUUAGCAAUGGUAGUCCUGUUUUUUUAUGCAAUGCCGGUAGGUUUAUGUGAUAAUUCUAAAACACAUAUUGAAGGAGAUUAAUGGUGCAAUCCGUUAUAUUUUAAGGGUUAAGUUAGCUUAAGAUAACGAAAAAUGUUUGGAAAAAUUAUCGAUUGAGUUGCGAUCCAAACUUGGCAGAGGCGAACAUGUUACGGACGUUAUAAUGCCCUUUGACAUCCUCUCUGACCCAAAAGUACAAAUGUGAUGACCUGAAAUCGUAUGAAAGGGUAGAACUUUUGGCGGUUGAUUCACACUACAAGCAUUGAUCGUAGAAGGACCUUGUCCUCUUGUAAUACAAAACAAUUCUAGACGGAAUCGAACACCAAAAACCCUUGCUAUGCAUCAGAUUUAACCGCUCCAAGCACCUCUCUCACAACUCUGCUCUCAUUUCCUCUCUCCCAGUAUUUAAAAAAUGAGGGCAGACUGUGUUAUUUCCAUUACUCGGCCCUUUGUCAUAUCUUUUCUCGGACAGCAAACGUGCCCUAGUUUCCACGCCUUACCUUCGACUCACAUCAUGAGCAUGACUUCUUAUAAUAUGCGUUUACUGUGCAUGCUUUUCAGGGUUAUACUAUGAAGAAGAUAAUCGGUGUUUGAAGACAACCAAUCUCAGCAUUUUACCACAGUAUUAUCAGUGGGGAGACCACAAUUAACAGGGAUAGUUGUACGUGAAUUCGACAUGAGGCUGGAGACUUUAAGAGAGAGUUUCUCUCCGAAUGUCAACAAUGACCCAAGAACGGUUUAGCAACCUAUCGCUACCAGACAGUUAGAAAGAAAAGACAGACUUUCUCUUCUUGACAUUGCCAACGAAUUUACUGACCGUAACUGCAGCAGAAAGUGAAAUUUUGGUAUCGUCAAAGAAUGCAAUGUACAGUAAAUACCUGCCACUACCACAUUACCCUUCGCUGUUUUAUAUUAAUUUAAUAUACCCGAAAAUAUCACUAAAUUAGGUUUGUGUCAGUUGU